GUGUGUAUACGCUUGACGCCAUCUUGAAGUUGUACCCUCAGUUUGUCAAGUCGCUGCCGAAUUCAAACGCCAAAGUAACUCCGUCUUGUACGCUGGUGGCGCGCGCUCGUUAUGAAUGGUUUUAGAAACAAACCCACGGAGACGGUUUUCAAAGAACACGCGGACUCGGCCGGCGACUCGGGAGCUACACACAGGGACAGGAAGACCAGCGGAGGAAUGCUGAAGAAGCUCAAGUCCAGGCGCAGCCAAACGGAUAAGUGGCCCGUCGUCACGGAGCAGGAACUGCGGGCUUUAGGGAGAGACAUUUCCCCAGACCAUGUCCUGGGUCUCCGAGCCGUCACGGAGGAUUACCUUUGCAAACCAGAAGAUAACGUCUACAACAUUGACUUCACACGUUUUAAAAUCCGAGAUCUAGAGACUGGGACGGUCCUGUUUGAGAUUGCAAAGCCGCCCCAUAGUGGACCAGUGACAAGUGAAGAUGACGUUGAAGACAUUGACACCAGCGCAGGGCGUUUUGUCAGAUACCAGUUCACACCGGCUUUCCUCAAACUGCAAACAGUCGGUGCAACUGUGGAGUUCACCGUGGGGGAUCAGCCAAUGAACAGCUUCCGUAUGAUCGAGAGGCAUUACUUCCAGGGACGCCUCCUGAAGAACUUCGACUUCGACUUUGGCUUUUGCAUUCCCAACAGCUGCAACACGUGCGAACACAUUUAUGAGUUUCCGCAGCUUCCAGAAGACCUCAUUCGCCAAAUGGUGGAGCACCCCUACGAGACCAGAUCGGACAGUUUCUACUUUGUGGACAACAAACUCAUCAUGCACAACAAGGCGGACUAUGCCUACAAUGGCGGUCUGUAGACGGGGGAGAGGUGGGCGAUCAUUUAGGAGAUGAUGUUCGUGGACGCGGGAGCUUAGGAGAUCUUCUGUGUACAUCACAGCCAACUGACCAAACAAGCCUUGAAAUGUUCACCCGAUCCAUUCCUCAGACUUUGUUCUGUCUUUUAUAUAUAUAU